AUGGGGAAGCGGCCCUCAACGGGGUCCGAAGCGUCCGGGAAGUCAAAGGCUAAAAAGACGAAGCCGGAACUUCCAGAUGUACCAAAGGAACAACUGAAGGCUCAGCACUUCAAGAUAUUUGAGCAAUGGUUCCUGACAGACGCCAACAUGGGCGGUGUUGAAAAGCUUUCCGUUUGCAGUUUGAGGGAGUUGGAGGCCUACGGCUGCAGGUCCCUCAAGACCAUCCAUGCUGCUGUUGUGAUGGGUGAGGGUGAUGAUCCUUCCAUGCUGAUCAUGAAGAACAGAGGCAUUUCAUACCAGAGCACGACGCGGAGACGGCCCAACUGCUUCACACUGUACUUCCAGCUGAAGCUCAUCAAGGCCAUGGACAGGGAGGAGGCAUGGUCCAAGGCGUCAGAGGUGGCGCAGGCCUACAGCAUAGGGAAGCUAGAGGCCCAGUCCGCCCUAAACCUCUUCAAGGAGAUCGACUCUGAAGUGUCGGACACCCUGGGACGCCUUGCCGAAUUGAGGAAUUCACCAGACAUCCUCAAGACUGUAUGUGACCGCCUUGGUGGAGAUUUUGAGCAGACACAUGCAAAGCUGAGAAAACCAUAUGGGAUGAAAGACACGGAAUCUUGGGAGACCAUUCAGCGGCGAUGCGCAGGCUUCCACGCCCUGUUGAACCAGUUUCGAUCCAAAUACCCUGAGGAGUUUGUGAAGGCUGAGGAGCCAACACUUGUCAAGGGGUUCCUUUUGAAGCACGCAGAUGCGGAGAUUGAUGUGUUGCUGGAAGAGAGCGUACCACCAGCAGAUAUCUCGCGAGUAGGCAUAUUCCGAGCUCCCGUCGCCAAGCAUAUGAAAAAGGCAAGGUUCGACUUGAGUCUACAGUAUGUUUUGUGUGAUCGCUGCCUCUUUAGUAGUCUGGCGUGUCAGAGAGCAGGUCGAGGCUGA